UCUAACCAACCACGAGAAAGCGCUUGAGCAGCGUCCCGCCCCCGCCGUUCUCUUCGAGGGUGGCUCCGCCUCUCCGCGCGCCGCGACCAAUCAGAAGCCACGGCCGGCGCUCUCGCGGGGCGCCCCGCCCCCUAGCUUCUCCCUCCAAAGAAGGCCCCGCCCCCCGGCGGGGCGCGCGGGGGCGCUGGCCAAUGGAGCGUGCAGACGAGCGGACGGACGGGCGGAACGACCAAUGGAAGCCUGGCGGGGGCGGGCGUGGGAGCUCGGGGCGGGCCGAGCGCGGAGCGGCGCCGCCAUUUUGCUGCUCGGGAGCGGCGGCGGCGGAGCGGCGGGGACAGUUCCUCCCAGUCCUCCCAGUCACGCUGUCCCCCACAGGUACCAGCACCAUGGAGUACGAACGCAGGGGGGGUCGCGGGGACCGGACGGGACGCUACGGGGGCGCCCCAGCCCCCCCCGAAGAAGGCUCCCGUACCCAACGGGAUCACGACUAUCGCGACAUGGACUAUCGCGGCUACGGGGGUCCUCCGGAGGGCCCCCCCGCCCCUGGGACCCCCCCUCAGGCCUCCUACGAGGGUUCGGAGCCCCCCCGGAAGCGGGAUCCCGCCCCGACCCCCCCGACGUUGCCGUUCGGUGCCGACGGUGACUACCGGGACCAGGAUUACCGGCCCGAAGCGACCGAGGAGGAGCCGCGGGCCAGCACCAUCGUCAUGCUCCGCAUGCUGCCCCAGGCCGCCACCGAGAACGACAUCCGGGCGCAGCUGCAGGCGCAGGGGGUGCAGCCCCGCGAGGUGCGACUGAUGCGCAACAAGUCCUCAGGUCAGAGCCGCGGCUUCGCCUUCGUGGAGUUUAACCACGUCCAGGACGCGGCGCGGUGGAUGGACGCCAACCAGCAGGGGCUGAGCCUGCUGGGGCAGCGCGUCUCCCUGCACUACAGCGACCCCAAGCCCAAGAUCAACGAGGACUGGCUCUGCGCUAAGUGCGGGGUGCAGAACUUCAAGCGGCGGGAGAAGUGCUUCAAGUGCGGCGUCCCCAAAGCCGAAGCGGAGCAGCGAGGGCCUGGGGGACCCCGCCCCGAAUUGGUGCCCGGCGGGGGGGCGGGGCUUCUGCCCCUCCCCCAGCCCUACGGCCCCGCCCUGGGGGGGACCCCGGGCGCACCCCAAAGCGGGACGGAGCCGGGAGCCGAUAACGCCAACGACACCAUCAUCCUCCGUAACCUGCACCCCCAAAGCAGCCUGGAGUCCAUCCUGGCCGCCCUCGCCCCCUUCGCCGCGCUCUCGGCCGCCAACGUCCGCGUCAUCAAGGACCGGCAGACCCAGCUCAACCGCGGCUUCGCCUUCGUCCAGCUCGCCACCAUCGUGGAAGCCUCCCAGCUGUUACAGAUGUUGCAGGCCCUGCACCCCCCCCUCCACAUCGACGGCAAAAGCAUCAACGUCGAGUUCGCCAAAGGCUCCAAGCGCGAGGUGCAGGGGGCGGGGCCAGGCGAGGGCCCGCCCCGCGCCAGCGCCGCCUCCGUGGCCUCCACCGCCAUCGCUGCCGCCCAAUGGGCGCUCUCCCAGGCUGCCCCGGGUGGAGAAACCACGUGGGCCGGGGGGGAGGAGCCUCCCAGUGACUUCACCGGCUUCUACCAAUCGGAGGAGAGCUUCGCCACGCCCACCCCCGCCCUCUAUGGCUCCGCCUACCUCAAGGCCCCCGGGGCCCCGCCCCCUGCUCCCGCCCUCUCUGGCUCCGCCCCUGCCAAGGCCGAUGGCCCCGCCCCCGGUGCGGAGGAUCCGGCCGUGCCAGGGCUGGACCCCACGGGGGGAGGGGGCGGCUCCUUCCCCCGCGCCCCCCCCGGAGCCCCCCCGUACCCCUCCCCCGCUGCCGAGACCCCCGCCGGGACCCCCCCGGGAGCCCCCACCCAGAGCUACGCGGGGUCCCUCAAGACCGAGACCCCCAGCCCGGCCCCCCCCGGGCCCCCCCCGGCCGCCCCCCCCAAUUCCGAGUCCUACGGCCAGUACCCGGUUCCAGAUGUUUCCACGUACCAGUACGACGAGACGUCGGGUUACUACUACGACCCCCUCACCGGCCUCUACUACGACCCCCACUCCCAGUACUACUACGACGCGGGGGCGGGGCAGUACCUGUACUGGGACGGGGAGCGUCGCACCUACCUGGCGGCCCCCCCCGCCGAACCCCCCCCCGGCCCCCCGGGUCCCCCCGGCCCCCCCAAAGAGCCCAAGGACAAGAAGGAGAAGCACAAGACGAAGACGGCUCAACAGAUCGCCAAGGACAUGGAGCGGUGGGCGCGCAGCCUGAACAAGCAGCGGGAGAGCGGGCGCAGCGCCGGGCCCCCCCCCACCCCCCGCGAGGACGAGAGGCGCGAGGCGGCCGCCGCCGACGCCGGUUACGCCAUCUUGGAGAAGAAGGGUGCUCUGGCCGAGCGGCAGCACCCACCCGUGGAGCUGCCCAAGCUGGUGAGCGACGAGCGGCUGAGCCCCCCGCGGGGGCUGGUGGCCGCUUACAGCGGGGAGAGCGAGAGCGAGGAAGAGGGGGAGCGCGGCCCCGAGCGCCCCGGGGAGCCCCUGACCGACUGGCACAAGCUGGCCUGCCUGCUCUGCCGCCGCCAGUUCCCCAGCAAGGAGGCCCUGCUGCGCCACCAGCAGCUCUCGGGGCUCCACAAGCAAAACCUGGAGCUGCAGCGCCGGAGCCACCCGCCCCCCCCCGAGGGGCUGGACCGGGGGGACAUGGAGAUGAAGUACCGGGACCGUGCGGCCGAGCGGCGGGAGAAGCAGGGGGGCCCCGACCCCCCCGAGCCCAAGCGGCGCAAAUUUGGGGGGCCCCCCCCCACCCUCGGGGCAGCGGAGCGGCCCCUCCCCCGUGACCCCCCCCCGGGAAGCCGCGCGCUGCCGGGCCCCGCCGGGACGGAGAGGGGGGGGCGGCGGCGGCACCAGGCCCCGCCCCGGCCCCGCCCCACGACGGUGACGCGUUUCAGCGAAGGCCCCUGAGGACGCCCCGCCCCCUCCCGGCCACGCCCCGCCCCCUCCCGGCCACGCCCCGCCCCCUCCCGGCCACG